AUGGGAAUCCAAAGCUUUGCGCAUCCCUUUCAGAAUACUUGGGAGGUGGAGAGCCCCUUUAAGAAGGAACUUACAAAUAGGUCUCGAUCACGUUCAGCCACACCGGCCAGUAAUCCCUCGGGAAAAACUUCUCAGAACGGAUUUGUAGCUGAGGGUUCUGCUAAAGGAGCCUCCAAGUCUGCCGUUGAUGCCAUGGACAUUGACCCGCUGUCGUCUCAUCACUCCCCGGCACCGCAAUCUGGCAACCUUCCUCCUGAAUCGCUUGAUAUGGAUGAUACGGAAGACAACUAUUCAUCAAAUGAGACAUUUGUCGACUUGGAUCCCAUUGAAAUCGAAGCCGUCGUGGAUUUUCUCUGUGAUAUCAUCGAGUCGUUACGUGCAAACUCUCGCUUGGCUCAUGCGCAAACGGACCUCGACCGUUACAAGAAGAAUUAUUCUGCAUACUCAGAUUUGGAGAAGAACAAUCUUACAAACAUCGUUGGAAAAUCUUCCAUAGAUUCUUGGGUGAACGAUCGAAGAGCCAAGAUGAAGGUCAUCGAGGAAAAUGAUAGAUCGCUUCAAAAGUGGAUCAACAAGCUGAGGGCACUGGAGGAGCCUAGCAAAUCGAACGACAGAUUGGAUGGGCAUAUGGAAAGAAGGAUGGAGAUUAGUGGAGAACAAGCUGGUCCUGUGGCAAUCUCGGAUGGUCCGGGUCCACUUUCCCUUCAACCGAAAAAGCAGAUGGAGUUGGGAGAGGCUUUCCAUCAAAGACGGAGACGAUUUCGGAGGGGGUGGCUCAGUGAACGACUGGACGACGCCCGAGCAACCAUUGAAGACAUACGGCAUAGGUUCGAAGAGAGGAAAGCCCUGGAAGCGGCGGAGAAAGAAUCGAGUCGACACCGUUUGCUUAUAACAGCUGGAGAAGACGUGGAUAUGCAAGAGUCUUCACUUUCAGAGGUGGUGGAACAGACUCCGGAACAGCGGUUUCUCGUCCUGCGAAAUAGGUUACAGUUUAUAAUUGAGCAAAUAGAUCAAGCAGAUAUAUGGGGAACGAACUUGGAAGGAGAACUUGAAGUCAAGUUUGAAGAAACGGUCGACAAUAUUCUAGAAAGCUUUCUGCAGGAAGAGAUGGCGGCGAAUCCUGCGCUUCCUAGUGGAGAAGAGCAGAGUACGGAGAUUGUAGACAAUAAUCUGUCUCUGAUUCCGGUCUCGGAUCUUUACAACAGCAUCGUGGAGAUCAAGCAGGUUUCCGAUGCAUUUUUGAAAAUUGGAAACAAAGCCCCUAUAUUUGACCCCCAAAUACAAGUGCAAAUCGACCAGGUCAACAGGGGUAUAGCCUCUCUCGAAACUUCAAUCAACCAGUUGAGCCAAGGGAUCACUCAAUUCGCCCGCCACCAAGCCGAACGUCCUACUUCCAUGCCAGAACCGGAACUCGAAACUCUAGGCAGGAGUGUCUUUUCAACUCAACAGAACGUCCUUGGCAGAUUUCCAGAGAUCCAAUCUGUACUCUCUAUGUACUGUGUCGAUCCGAACCAGUGGCCCAACUCCAGGCCACAGAUACACCCAGUUCCCGCUCAAGAGAUUCUCAAUCAGGAAGUGAAUGCGUGGAAUGCAGAGUAUGAAGAGUUACAGAGGCAAUGUUUGGCUAUGGUUCAGCCGCUCAUCGACAGAAGUGACGUGCAGAAGAGGGAGUUGGAAGAAGCAGCGAGAAGGAGAAGGGAGCAGACGACCUUAGGGCCCCAGAACGCCACCAUCAGCGCUAUAAUAUACAAAACACCGCUCAUAGCACACCAGCCCAGCGACACCCCGGUGCAGGUAGAAGAGGCAGGAGGGAGACGCGAUGCAGACGCGCUCUCGAAAGAGAUCAGACUUCAAGCCGCGGACUCGAACAUGGACGGCGGUGUUACCGGAGAACACAUCAAUACGCCACCCCCUACUCGUCGUAGACAGUUGAUUGGUCACGAUGAAGAUGAAUUAAUGGCUAAUCGAGCCAGCCUCGAUUCAACUGCAAGUACGGUCUUUGGAGAGGAAGAAGAUGAUGAUAACGACCGAGAACACGAUUGGACUGAGGACCAAGUGGCCAUUCUGGUUCGAACUCUCGAAGAAGGUUGUCCACCCAAUGCUGCCAGAUGGAGCGCCCCCAAAACUCCAUAUGUGCUUCCCUUUGUGCCCGAUAACUUGCUGGAUGUGUGGGCCCGCCAACUCAAGCGCUACAACUGGCCGCACAACGUCCGCCAUAUUCGCAAAAAGCUACGCCAGGUAGCUAAGAAUGUAGCUGAAGAUGAUCGACAGCAAGCCGCCAAAUCUAGUUCGGGAAGCGAGGAUGAAGAAGGACAAGCACUCAUGGAGUUUGAGGAAGCCAGAGGUCAAAAUAACGAUCUUAUCAUCAGUCCCACAAUGGAUUAUCCGCUACACAGUGGUCCAAGGAACGAUUUGAAAGUUUACAAGUCUUCCAUGAAGUUCCAGCGAAACGAACGCGUCCUCAAUCUUCCUUCCGCUUCGUAUCACCCAUACUCGCAUCACGCCCGCCCGCGUUCGCCCAUGAAGACACCGCGGUCGCCCUCCGUGGAGCCCGUCUCACCGAUCGAUUCGUACUUUCCCAAUUCGCCUACUCACAAUCAGUUCAGUCCCCGCUCGGCGAGUAGAGGAAGCGAUAGGCCGCGUUCUCGUUCGAUUUCGCCGCUUCCAACGCGUCGCCUCAACGGGCACGAUGGUUCUCCCUCUCCAUCAAAGUCCAAUCUUCAAAUGCCUAGUCUUAGCCCAAUGAAGCUAUCUCCUCGCAAGCCAUUCGAUGAUAGCUUACGCUCCAGACGCGGCGAAGGGUCUCCGGAUCCCACGGACCUGCUCACAGCGCUUGCAGGCGAUCAAAGCAUAGGUCGAGGCAUUAGGCCACCUAGAGCGCCUCUCCCAAAGUCAUUCUUCACACGGGACAUGAUGCGUCCUCAGGGUCAGCGACAAGGACAAGUACCAGAACUCCAAUCGGAUCCCUUCUUUUCUGGUGGAAAUGGCAGCUCAUCUGACAUCGACCAGUCCGUUGGGUUGACCACGCCAUCGACGACCCUUUCUUCUACCGGAAGGACACCCUUUUCAUCGAUUUCGUCCGCCUCGUCUCUGUUCUCGACUCAGUCGCGGUCUACUCAACCUCCUAAUUCAGCGCUCGCCAGUCAGCCCUCCCUGCCUUCGCUUACGAUCAGCCACCCACAUCUAACCGAAGGAAUGUUGGGUCGAAAUGGAAUGAAGAGGAGUGCGAGCUUUUCCAAGCCACAUGAUGGGAUCAAGCGUGCUCCUAGCUAUGGUGCCAUGGAAAAUCCCAAUCCAAGGCUCGCGAAAGGUUCUAGCGUACAUUCCAAUGCCAACAAUACCAACACCAAUGGAGUGUUGCGUGAAGAGCCUCAGAUACCACCAGUCCUCUCUGGCCAUAAGCGAGAGCGUUCCGAUACGUCCUAUACCCAAGUCAAGGGUAGCGAAGCAAGUGGGUACGAUACCGAAGACGCAGACAUGCACCCUCCAUCCAGCGCACCUAGCAGCGAUCCAAUUAGCCAAUACAGUCCACUCAAGCCCGCCUUCGAGCCAUCACCUGUCAAAUCGAAGAAGUCCAGCCCAACCAAGCCCCAAGGUGCCGGUGCCAGAUUUUCUAUCAGCAGCCCGGGAGCGUUGUUGGCAUCUCCAACAUUGUUACCUGCCAAGCUAUUUGGAAGGAAGAAGAGUGUCAGGCCCAAGCAAGAUCGUCCUAAUUCGCGCAUUGGCGAAACAGGUAGUGCGGAUGAUAGGGAGCGGACUAUGUCUCUUAGCCCUAGUCCUUUACCUUCUCCUUCGUUAUAUGGUGCCUUCCCAGGUUCCUCUGCCGUUCCUGCCACGCCUGGAUCUCAAAUGGAUAUCGACACAGAAAUGGGCUUCCUGAGCACCCGCUCUCCUACUAUUGCUAUGCAGAGUAUGGCCUUAUCGCCGUCACCCGGUUAUUCCAACGACCCAGAUGAGACUAUCACCCCUAGGAGGGAUGGUGAACCGAGAAGAAAGCGGGUCAAAACCGACGAGCUGACUACGCCACCCAAAGAGUUGCGAAGUCUCAAUGGUGGAUUGACCAGCCCUCAAAUGUACAAUCACCGUGCUCUUUCGACACCACGUGCCACUUCGCCUCGAGAUCUCCUUGAUGCUACUCCGCGUACCACAAUGAAGACCCCACCACGCCGGUCACGUCACAUGUCCUCAAAGACUCCACCACGCCGAGGAUCUAGUGCAACCAAAAGUCCAAGGUUGUUGCCUGGUGCCGCUCGCCGCCGUUCUACGUCAAGGCCGAUCAGCCCCGUUCCCAGUGUUGUUGAAAGUAUCGACAUUGGAGAGACAAGGAGGGGUGUGAGCAGCUCGAGCGUUACUGGCUCUCAAAGUCCUCGAAGCAGCCUUCGACUUCGUGCUCGUUCUGGCAUUUCGCCUCUCUUGAAUGGUAGCGUUUCGAGGGCCAGUGGACUUGCUACCAUCCCAGGUGGGGAUUCAGAUAGGGAACAGGCACGUAUUAGGGCGACUUCCCUGAUCAGCUCUCGGCCUCUUCCUACUGUCUCGCCAGUCACGACAUCAAGGACUUUAGCUGUCCGGGAAAAGUCCCAACGACCAGGGCUGCAAACCAUCAUUUCUUCCGAAGAAAACGUUCCCACCGUCCGACGAACGUCCAAGAGGACCACUCCGAAACGAGAACCAAGCUUCUUUGGAGCCGAGCUAGUACUCAAGCCGAACCCUGCGAGAACAAGCCCUAUGGGACUUGCCCCUUCAGGAAGCAGGCCGACUGGUGGUACAGAGGAGAAGAAGUCUCUUAGGAGAGUAGGAACCACCAAGUUUCCAGCUACCUCGACAACGUCUAUUUCCAGUGUUCUCUUUCCAGGCGGUCCAUCGGAUUUAGCAGCUCUCCAAUCGAACUCUGAUGACUCUAAUCAGCAAACCGACCCAUCUGACCCAGCCCAGUUUGAGGGUGUUGGCAAUGGAGAGGAAGGUGUGAUCAGGGCAGGAGAGAGCGCCGCUUUGGCUAGAAGGGGAACCAACCAGAUUGGCCGAGCCAGAGAAAACUGCCUAUCUGUUGGAUUGCGUUCCUCUACUGACCUUCCUACCAGUUCACCGUUGAACUUACGAAUUUCUUGGAUUCCUUUCUUUGCUACGACUUCCUUUGUCUUGUUGUCCGCCCUGUAUCACUUUCGGGCACAUCUUCGCCCGUUGACCAUCGUUCCACCGACACUCCUGACGAGUUGGCUCCAUCUCGUCCUACUGUGA